AUGAAUGAUGCCGUGCCAGCGAAGAUCGACGCCGUGCGCGCGAGGGUCAGGCACCUGGGCGACCGCAUUCUUGCGAGAGUCAGGCAUCUUAGGAAUGAGGAUGAGCUGCCCAAGAUCUCCCCGGAGAGCUUUUUCGUCCGCAGCCCGGAUGUGGUCUUGGCGGUGGGGCGAAUUAGAGUCGAGCUGGAGGAGACAGACGGCGUUGGGAUUGGGAGGAUUAAUGCCAAUUCGGUUGUGUUAGAGAGUGAAGAGGGAAACAUGGUUAAGCUUAACCUUAGCAGGGUCCAUGAGAAAAAGCAACCCAUGUUUCUCAACUCUGGUAUGGUUGUCGUCGUCGAAGGUGUCAACACCAAUGGUCGAUGCAUUCAAGUGCAUGCCGUAUAUGACAAUGCGAUGUCGCUGCCGCCAGACGCCCGCCAGAAGAAGGAUCACCGCGUAGAUGACGACGGCGACUCUCUCCUACCAGACGCCGCGCAGGAGCAGGAGCAACCGUUUGCUAAUAUCAUCUUCGCAGCUGGGCCGUUUACAACGAGCACGAAUCUCAACUACGAGCCGCUGGAAGACCUGCUUAGUGUUGUGGAGCGGGCGCGUCCGGAUGCCGUAUUCUUGACUGGGCCGUUUGUCGACGCAUCGCAUGCGGACGUCUCGUCUGCCACGCCCGUACAGUUUGAACACAUCUUUGAGACUCGCGUGUUGAACCGCUUGCGGAAAGCCGUGGCGGCGAUGACGGAUGAGGGUCCGCGCACCGAGUUUGUACUCGUCCCGUCGCUCAUGGAUGUCCAUCACGACUUUGUUUGUCCGCAGCCGGCUUUCCGCCUGCAGGCGGGGCAGCCGAGUGACGCCCGCAUUAGGCUGGUCGCCAACCCCAGUGUAGUCGAGCUUGCGUCGAGAGACGGCGCUGCUGUUGCAACGGUUGGAGUUGCUAACCUCCCUUCUUUGCAAGACAUCUCUGCGGACUGCAUCUGCUGGAACAAGCCUGACCGUUUUGCAGCAAUUGCUUCGCACAUGGUCCGCCAAUGUAGUUUUUACCCCACUUUUCCACCGUCUGCAAGCGUACCUCUUGAUUGCUCGUUGUGGGACGGCAUGGCGAUACCGGACACGGAAAGAUGGCCGACCGUCGAUGUCCUGGUUACGCCGUCAAGGCUAAAGGCUUUUGCAAAGAGCGUGGACGGCGGAGCCGUUGCUGUCAACCCGGGGCUGCUCUGCAGAGGCUCGUCUGGGGGAUCGUAUGCUGAGAUGCGCAUUCCUCUGCACGAAGCUACAUCAAGUCGCGGGCUAAACGCCAAUGAGGACAAGUUGAAGGCUAGUAUCAUUCGGCUUUAG